UACCCCCAAUUAAAAGUUUGUGAAAGUUAUAAACAUAACCUCUAAAAUUCUUUUUUCAUUGAUAUUUUGUAAACAAAUAAAAAGUGAUGGUUAGUUUGAAUAAGUCUUUCUUCUACGGUAUUGGUUUUGCUUCGAUUACUUGGGCAGUAUCCUUGUACCUGUAUUGGCAGUUAACGCAAACUCUCUCUAUACGACCCAGCCCCACUUCUAGCAGUAUACAGGCAGUUAGUCAAUCAAGUCGAAUAGAUGCAGCUCGAGAGAAUGACGAAAUGCACGAGGCGCCUUAUAUUAAAGGGGGAACUUACGUCAACAGCCCUCAGUUGGUUAAAAAACUGCAACCGCUGCGUAAAUCCAAGCUUCAGAGUAAAAACGCGCAAGUGCUAGAUGAACUUGGAAUGGUGAAAACUGUUGAAGAUCAAAGAGUACGUGAUGAAGGGUUCAAAUUGCACGCAUUCAAUGUCCUUAUAAGCAAUAAGCUGAGCCUUCAUCGUGAACUACCCGACACGAGAAAUAAGUUGUGUAAAGAUGUCAUUUACCCAGCCCACCUUCCAGCCGCCUCUGUGAUAGUCUGCUUUUACAAUGAACAUUUUAUGACACUAUUACGAACGAUCCAUUCGAUUCUUGGUAGAACCCCCGGGCAGCUGCUCACCGAAAUUGUUUUGGUUGACGAUUUUAGUGAUAUAUCCGAUUUAAAUAUCAACCUUACAAAUUACAUGAACAACAACAGUGGGCUGAAGGAGAAAGUGAUGCUGUUUAAAACUCAGAGACGCGAAGGUUUAAUCAGGGCCAGAAUGUUUGGUGCUCAAAGAGCAACCGGAAAAGUAUUAAUAUUUCUCGAUAGUCAUAUUGAAGUGAACGUUGAUUGGAUACAGCCUCUGUUAGCUAGAGUGUAUAACAAUCGAUCAAACGUCGCUAUCCCAGUUAUAGACAUUAUAAAUGCGGAUACGUUUGCGUAUACACCUAGUCCUUUAGUGCGUGGAGGCUUUAAUUGGGGCUUACAUUUUAAAUGGGAAAAUUUGCCUACAGGUACCAUUGCGAAACCAAUUGACUUAGUCAAUCCGAUUAAAUCCCCGACGAUGGCCGGCGGUCUGUUUGCGAUAGAUAGAAAUUAUUUUAUGGAAAUAGGCCAGUAUGAUGCCGGUAUGGACAUCUGGGGCGGAGAGAACUUGGAGAUAUCAUUUCGAAUUUGGAUGUGUGGUGGCCGCCUGGAUAUAGUACCUUGCAGUAGAGUGGGUCACGUAUUUAGGCGACGCAGGCCUUAUGGCGACCCCGACGGUAAGGAUACAAUGCUGCGUAAUUCGCUCCGGGUGGCGCACGUUUGGAUGGACGCUUACAAGGAUUACUUUAUAAAAGAACGACCCGAUGCCAGCAAUGUGAAUUUUGGUGACGUGUCAGAACGAGUGCAGUUAAGGAAACGUUUGAAGUGCUAUGACUUUAAUUGGUAUAUUAAGAACGUGUAUCCGGAACUUACUUUGCCGACAGAUUCUGAAGUAAGAUUGAAAAACAAGUGGUCCGCUCUGGAACAGGAUAAAUUUCAACCUUGGCAUACACGGAAACGUAACUAUGUAGAUCAUUACAAGUUACGAUUGUCGAACACAAGUUAUUGCGCUCAAAGCACUAAGGAUAGUAAAAGUAAAGGCAGCACAUUAUAUUUGAAACUGUGCACGCCAAGCAAAAAUCAGAUUUGGUUUGAAACGGAUAAAGGUGAACUAGUCCUGCAACAACUGCUGUGUUUACAGUCGGGUCCAACUUACCCUUACCUAUUUAAAUGUCACGAAAUGGGAGGAAAUCAAGAGUGGAAACAUAAAGGAGAGAGUAAGACGCCCAUAUACAACAUGGCAGCUGGUAUGUGUCUCGGUGUUGAUCAGAUACAUUUAGGAGCAAAAGUAAGAAUGAAGUUAUGCACUGAUCCUUCUUUAAAUAUGUGGGAUUUGGUCAGCUAACAGAAGUUUACUGAUUUCAGACUGAAUAAGAUAGUUAGUUACUAAGUAUUAUGUUUUUUAUGGAAAUACUCUGUUUGAUUUUAUGGCGUACUUAAUAUUUUAUAUAUUUAACUGGAGAUUUAUAUAGGUAACUGCAUUAUUGUCAGUUUACUAUUCAAUUUAUGGCUCUCUUUUAGUGUUUUUUAGACUGAUCUUAUAAUAUUGAUAUUAAAUUGUUUUAUAAUGAA